AUGAUUCCUAUUGCUAAAGAAGUACGUAUGUUGAAUGACUGGCCGAGAAAUCUUCGCCACGACAAGGACAGCAUACGACUCUAUCAAGAGCUGCUCAACAGGGCCGACGUACUGAAGAUCCCCCAUGCUGUGCGUCAGGUGAAAGAUGCUUGCUUGUUCAUUCCUGCAAGCAAUGCGGACCCCGAACGCAGUUUUUCCACGGUAAAUAGACUCACACGAACCGAUCGGAACAACCUGGGAGUUCCAAUGUUGGAUGCUCUAAUGAGGGUACACAGAGACGGACCCAGCCUGCUCACUGUUAAGCCGAAGAACUUAGUCCGACAGUGGAUGACUCCGCUUCCUGGCCUGGACCUUCGUCCCCACAUGCCCUCCACUUUUCGAGACACAGAUGCGCUUCUGGAUCUCUAUGUCACUCAUUACAUGACCAAGAAUCGAUUAAACGAUAGACAUGACGCCCAAAAGAUAAUCAAACUGAGACGGGAGCUCGAAACUUCCAAAGCAAUGAUUUUUUCUUCAGGAGUUCUCCACGACAAGGAUGUCUAA